AUGUGGGAUGCGCUGAUUGCGCUUUUUAAGGAGUUAAUGACCGUAUACCCAGAUCAAUAUUUCCAUCUCGGUGGUGAUGAGACCACAUUUUGGAUGGAUACCUGCUGGGAGAACAACGCGAAAAUCAAGGAGUUCAUGGGCUACUGGGGCCUCAAUUCCACCACGCAACUCGAACAAUGGUAUUUUGAUCAGCUGUUCAUGCACCUUGGGCUGCGGGAUAUGCCAAAGAAGAAGUUUAUCGUUUGGCAGGAGGUUGUCGAUAUGGGCAUCAAGUUACCUGACGGAAUUAUCGCUCAUAUUUGGACCGGAAACCGCUCCGAACAGCUUGCUGACGUCACGAAAAAGGGGCAUAUGGCGCUGCUUUCGGAGUGUUGG